CCAACUUGUAGGAAAUGUGUGACCGCGGUCUCGAACGUCAUAUUUUUUUCCAAGCUUUGUCUGUUCAUUUUAUUAUUUUUCGAUAGAAAGCAAUUUUAAAAAAAAGAUGUCUAGAUCCCCUGAAAGAAUGAAUAUUGAUGAUGAUGUCCAGAUUAGAGGAAGAGGAUCAAACACUGACAUCACAUCGCGACUUGGUAACAGGGUAGAUACAAAGCAACAAGAGAUUGAACCUGUUCGCUCUAUUGAAGGUUGGAUCAUCAUCGUUCGCGGUCUUCAUGAGGAAACCGAUGAAGAGUCUUUAGGAGAAAGAUUUAUGGAAUACGGAACGAUUAAGAACAUUCAUUUGAAUUUGGACAGACAUACUGGUUAUGUCAAGGGUUAUGCUUUAAUCGAAUAUGAGGCACGUAAAGAAGCCGAACAAGCCAUUGAGCAAGCUAAUGAUACACAAUAUCUCGGACAAACUAUUAAAGUAGAUUAUGCUUUCGUUAAAGGUCCUGUCAGCAAUGGCAAUGAUCGUGAUAGACGUGAUCGUAGAAGAGAUAGAAGUUUAAGUCCUGCAAGAGACUAAUUCGGGAUGGAUUAAAUAAAUGGGAUUCGAAAGAAACUCCCCGACAUACACAUGAAUAAAAGUACCAGCGUUUUAAACAGAAAAACAG